AUGGAAGCAACGACUCGUGAUUCACCUAAUGAGACAGAACUAUUUAAAACAAUCAUUGAAGGUUGGGACCUCAGUCAACUUCUAAAGCUGCAAGUUGACCUUGCAAAAGAGAUCCAAAGACGAGUAUCAGGCCAACAAAAUCAGGCGGCUGACACCGCGACUAAAACUGAAACUCAAAGAGCCAAAAUUGGGGGCCACCAACAAUUGGGCCAGAAUCAGCCCGAACUGAAGUAUGAAAACGAAAGAAGCGAUGAAUUUAGCUUAAAGAAUUUUACGCGAAAGUCACUCGACAAGGGAGAUGAUGAAAAAGCGACUUCGGAAGCGAAAUCUAGCCAAAUAGGGCCCUUGGAUGAGGUCUCAAUUCCAGGAACAUUGGACAUGCAAGUCAAAGAGAUAGAUUUCAGCUCUCCUUUGAAAGCUACUGAUCAGCCCAAUGCCACCCUGCAAAAAUUCAGUCCAAUUAAGCGCCCGCUUGCAGUCAUCAGCGACUCAGAAGGCGAAAUCGAAUGGUCUGAAACUGAAAACUCAGAUGCAAAUUUCUCUGGGUCUAAAAAACAGCGAGGAGAAGCUUCUAAGCUUGAUUUCAACACAAACCCUGCCACCAAAAAGCCUUGGAUAUUUGAAGAUUUUAUGGCUAACGAGACUUCGGCUAGUUCACGUAAAAUUCAUAGUAAUUAUGAAAGUGCUAAAGUUUCCAAAUUCCGUUCAGCGGUAGGGCAACCGAUUUCAAACCAAAAGUUAGUCUUGCAUCCCGAUCGAGGAUUCGAGAUGGUUGAAGAGAGCUUAAGGGAAGCCGACAAAGCCUUUGAGGGUGAAGUCCAAUUUGAUAACCUUCGUCAAAGAUCUGACUCACCGCCAGGCUUUGGUAGACUUGAUUUCCCAAAUACACAAGAAAGUCUAAUAGACCGUAUGAAAUCGCGAGAGAUCUUAUACAAUAAAACAAAAGCUAGAUUUCUUGAGGCAGUAAGGAGUGACUUGCGGCCUGACGAGCGGCUUUUCUUGUUUCGGAACCCCUCGCUCAAUGAGGCUGUCAAUUCAGAGGACUUCCAAUGGAACCAGAGUACGCUUGAUAUAUUUUCCCGUGAAUGA